GGAGAAAAUGGCGAGGCAGUGCAGUUGAAAGAGAACAAAAUGUCCCCAGAGGAGAAAGCAACAUUCAAAAAAGGCUGGGACGACAAUGCAUUCAACCAGAUGGCCAGUGAUAUGAUAUCACUGCAUAGGACGCUGCCAGAUGUUCGGGACCGAGAUUGCCUCAAACUGGAAUACGAUGUCAACAACCUACCUGACACAAGUAUAAUUAUAAUCUUUCACAAUGAAGCCUGGAGUGCCUUGUUAAGAACAGUGCACAGUGUUUUAGACAGGUCCCAUCCCAAAUUAGUUAAAGAGAUCAUUCUAGUUGAUGAUUUCUCUAAUAAAGAUCACUUGAAAGAGCCACUAGAUGCGUACAUGAGCCAAUUGAAGAAGGUAAGGAUAUUAAGGGGUAAGAAGAGACAGGGGUUGAUCAGGGCUCGUCUUAUGGGGGCCUCCGUGGCCCGCGGACAGGUGCUCACGUUCCUUGAUUCCCACUGUGAAUGUGCAAAGGGCUGGUUAGAGCCGCUUCUCCAUCGAAUAUCGCUGAACUGGACCAAUGUAGUAACUCCAAUCAUUGACGUCAUCAGUGAUUCCACUCUCUCCUACUUACAUACGUCUGCCAAGUCAACCAGUGUUGGAGGUUUCGAUUGGAACCUUCAAUUCAAUUGGCACCCCAUACAAAAGAGAGAUAUCGAGUCAAGGAAAAGUGAUGCUGAUCCUUUGAGAUCACCAACCAUGGCUGGCGGAUUGUUCUCAAUCAAUAAAAAAUACUUUGAACAUCUCGGGUCCUAUGACCCCGGUAUGGAUAUAUGGGGAGCUGAAAAUCUGGAAAUGUCCUUCAAGGUCUGGAUGUGUGGCGGUACUCUGGAGAUUAUCGUCUGCUCUCACGUCGGCCAUAUUUUCAGGAGCAGGAGCCCUUAUGAGUGGAGGCGUGGUGUCAACGUGCUGGUCAAGAAUACCGUCAGACUGGCCGAGGUCUGGAUGGACGAGUAUAAACAGCUGUACUACGAUAGGAUUAAUAAUAAUUUGGGUGAUUACGGCGAUGUGAGUGAUCGCAAGGCGCUCAGACAGAAGCUCGGAUGCCAUUCCUUCCAGUGGUACUUGGAUAACAUCUAUCCAGAAAUGUUCAUCCCCAAGAACUCUGUUUGCACUGGCGAGGGUAGUUCCAACUCACCCCUCCCCAUGUGCAUCGACAGUUCGACAGAAACCAGCACCCUCAACAAACCUGUUGGCCUGUGGCCUUGCCAUCAACAGGGCGGGAAUCAGCUAUGGUUCCUCGAUAAAAAUGGCCGCAUACGACGCGACGAUCACUGUCUCUUCAACAGCAGAGGAACUGUCAUGGUGGCCGAGUGCAAUGAACAGUAUGCACAUCAACUGUGGGUGUAUAAUAAGGUUGGUUGGUAG